AUGUCCGAGCCGAAUCAGUCAAGUCCGCCAUCCGGCCGUGUUCGGCUUCGGGAUCUCGUCCCCGGCAUUCAAGUCGGAGCUUGGCCAACGGGACCCAAGAACGGUAUCACCGACGUUCCUGGCGUGCUCGUUCAUACGAAAUCCAUCCACACCGCUGAUGGAGCUGUCAACACGGGAGUGACUACCAUUCUCCCACGCAAAGACUGGUUCCACAACGCGUGCCACGCGGGCAUCUUCCGCUACAACGGCUCGGGAGAGCUGACGGGCAGCCACUGGAUUGAAGAGACGGGACUCCUCCACAGCCCCAUCAUCUUGACAAACAGCUUUGCUGUAGGCAACUGCUAUACUGGCAUCUAUCAACAUGCCAUUAAGGAGUACAGCGGAGCCGAUGGAAGUGUAGAUUGGUUCCUCCUGCCCGUCGUGGGCGAAACUUUUGAUGGCCACCUCAACGAUCUGACCCAGUUUGCUGUAACGCCGCAGCAUGUCGUUGAUGGCAUCCAAGCAGCCUCUGCAGAUCCCGUUCCAGAGGGCAACACCGGUGGUGGCACGGGCAUGAUGUGCCAAGGUUUCAAGGGAGGCACCGGCACUUCAAGCCGUGUGGUACCAGGCUUUGACAGCAAUGGCAAUGAGAAGAGCUAUACCGUUGCGGCACUGGUACAGGCCAACUACGGCCGGAUGCCUCCUUUGAAAAUCACCGGUGUCCCCGUAGGAAGGAUCCUCGCUGCGGAGGCGUUGAAGAACAAGGAGGCCGCAAAAGCCCAGGCCGAAUAUGAUGCUGCCAAGGACAAAAAGGACGGCAGCAUCAUCAUCGUCCUUGCCACGGAUGCUCCACUGAGCGCCAUUCAGCUCCAACGCCUGGCAAAGCGAGCCACAGGCGGCCUGUCUCGUGUUGGUGGCUACGGACACAAUCCCAGCGGCGACAUUUUCAUCGCAUUCAGCACGGCGAAUAAGAUUCCAGUUCAGACUGUGGGUUCUGCUCAUCGCGACGUUGAUCCGUUCAAGGCUAGAACCUUGGUAACGGAGUCGGUAGAUGACCAAACUAUUAAUGCCUUGUUCGAAGCUGCCGCUGACUCUACUGAGGAGGCCAUAUACAAUGUCCUCUGUAUGGCAGAAAGUUUGACGGGAUUCAAGGGCAGUCGUGUGGAAGCACUGCCUCUGGAUAAAGUUAAGAAUAUUCUGGAGAGGCACCUUGCCUUGGAACAAGCUAUUCAGGCAGAUUUGUAA